AUGAAUGAAAUUAUAACUAAACAAAUAACAAAUUAUUUAAGAAAGGAACUGACACAAGAGUUAUUUGACCAAUUUUCGGGAAUUCUGUUUGGUUUUGCAUCACAUUUCCCACAAAAAACUUAUGAAACAGUUUUAUUGGAAUCAUUUGCUCAACUUUCGAAGGCAUCUAUAUCCGAAAAGCAGAUGAAAUUCAUAUUUAUGAUCAUUAAUGAUGCUAUCUCCUUAUUUAACGAAAAAGAAUUUUUUUUCGACAUUUCACUUUCGUGUUUAAACAAGAUAUCAUUUUUUCCAAAGAAAGUAUUCACAUCGAUAUCAUUAGAAAAUGCGUUAAAUCUUCUUAUACCCGCUUGUUACUCAAAUCAUUCUGCAAUUUCAAUUGAAUACAUGAAGAGCAAAUUAAUACCACGUGUUUCUAGUAUAAGGAACUUACGUUUAUCGGACUUUCUUUUAUCCAAAUUAGAAGAUUUACAAAUUGAAAAUAAUAAAAUUACACAGAAACUUAAUACGACUACAAGAUCUCUUAUUAUACUAAAUAACCUUGAUUUCAACUCAAUUUCACUACUUGAUAUCGUUAGCGAAUAUGAUCAUCAUCAAUUAACAAAAAUUGAAACGAUUUUAGAUAUUAAAAGCAUGGUAUACGAGUUUAAUCCAGGAUUACUACUUAUUGCUUUAUCAUAUAAUCGAGAUUUUUCAUCAUAUAUUCAAUCUUUACCUGAAAUCGAAAAUAUUUUACAUGAAAUCCUUGAUUUUAUUAAGAAACAAUCAAGUGUACAAGAUAUAUAUGAUGAUUUAGAUACUCCUGAGCUAUCAAGACUCAAUGAUUCCAGUUUUUCAAAUUUGUCAUUAUUUUUAUUUUCUUUAAACUCAAACAGAUACGAGACAAACUUCUUAUUAAAGAAAUGGAAUCAUCCUGAAGCCCAAUUUGCCUACCUAUCUUACAUUGCGAGGUCAGAAAAUCCAAAUUAUUUAUUUAAUAACUGUUUCUGUUGGGAUUCACCAGAAUUUGUUACAAUAAUUUUAGACUUUUAUUCAAUAAAUCCUCAGAAAGCUCGAGAACUCCUCAAUUUCUGCGGAAAUUCUCAUUCAUCAAAAAUAAUUUUUACUCUGAUGAAGAUGCACUCAAAUGAUACAGCAGCAAUUGAUGUAUUACUACCAUACUUAUAUACACAAGAGCAAGAUAACAACAAAAUCCAAGAAUUAUGGGAAUUUGAUCCGAAACAAAUGAAAAACUUUGGUUACUUAUAUGCAAAGGGCAACAUCAACCUUAUGCAAGUAUUAGUAUCAAAAACACCAAGGUCAAAGAUCUCAAUUUUGUUAAAUCAAAAAGAUAUGAAUUUUUCAAUUCAACUUGCAUCAGUUUCGAUCUGGAAUCAGUUAAUACAACCACAGGAAUACAUGGAAAUGAUAAUAGAUGAAGGAAGAUUGGACGAAUUUUUGGAUUAUUUUGAUAUCUCAAUUUUUUCUUUCCAAGAAGAAAUAAUUUAUCUAUUUUUCUUAAAGAUGCAAAACGAGUUUUCAACUUUCACUAAGCAAUUGAGACAAAAAGUAAUAGAUAAAUAUAAUUCUUUAAUUCAAAAGAAACCAAGCUUAGAAAAGAUCGAUUUUAGUUACAAAACAUGCAAAGUAACAGAAUCAAUGCGUAAAGCAGUUGAAGAAAUCUUGAAUCCUUAUAUGAAAGGAGAAACUGGUUCUCAUAAUAUUAUUGAAAAAAUUAAGAAGUCUGAAAAAGAUGAUAGACAAUUUUAUGAAUAUAUGAUGUUCCUGAUUACGAAUGAGCUAAAAUACAUCAAUUCUCAUGAAGAACAAGAAAAUUUGUUAUUAAUUAAGUUAAUUAUUGAUUUGAUCAAAGCUAAACUUGUUGAAGAGAUCCACAUAACAUAUAUAUUUGAUUUCAUAACUGAAAGCCUCAAAAAUUCAACAAAUUUUGAUUUUGCAUGCAAUUUCGUGAAGAAUUUCAUGAAUUUAAUGGAUUCUUUUUGUUUCUUUGCAGCUUCUCUGCUACAAAUUGACAAUUUUGCUGCAAAAAAUCCUGAAUUAUACAAUAAAUUGUCAAAAAAGAUAGAUUCUUUUGCAUUCCAAGAGUUCAUUGAAACAAUGGAAGGAAUCUCAAUGUCAAAGUAUGUUUCCGCAUUCAGUACAAUCAAAGUUCCUUCAACAAAAAUUGUUAGAUCGAUUCAACAGCUUAUUGAUUCGAAUUCGAUACAAUCUGUACUAGAAAAACACACCAACCAAACAAAUUACAUAGCUUUACAGAUAGUUCAAGCGAUUUCGGAGCAUCCAAACAAAUUAGAUUCUUUAUCUAAGUCUGUACUUCAAAAUAACUUUGAAAGACCUGUUUGUUAUGCUAUAUCAUACACAGUAACAACAAUAAUAAUGGAAAACAAUCAAUUCGAUUCGAUUCUUCAGUCAAAAUUAAUUUUAUUAGGAAAAUUUUUAGGAAUUUUGACAUUAAUGCAGACCAAAUGCGUUACAAACAACAUUCUUAACAUAAAAGAGCUCAUUUUCUAUUGCCUAAGUGUUGGAAAGUUGUAUCCUUGUAUUUCUUUUAUUUUGUCACUUUUUUAUGAAUCAUCCAAGUUUUUCUAUCCUCCAAAUCCAUUCACAAGUGGAAUUCUACAGAUCCUGGCAUCGAUUGCUGCCAUUCCCGGUAUCAAAGGUUCAAUAAAAUUCAGAGUUAUGUCACUUUUGAAUCAUUUCGGAACAAACUUAGAAAAUAUAAACCAAUUUUUGGAUCUUUUUCCAGACAAAGUUUCUCAAAAUUCUGAUUUUUCAAUCAAACCGUUUUCACUACAAAAGAUGUUCACAGAGAGCCAAAUAAACAGGAUUUGCGACUACGACCAAAACUUAUUGUUUUCUUUGAUUGAAGGAAACUUAGUUUUUCCUGACUUGAAAAAUAAUUUUUACAAAAUAAAAUCAAAAAUUAUUUUGUCACUUUUUGAUCUAAUAAAAAGUGACAGUCAAAAUAUAUCAGAUACAAUAACACAAACGGUUAAAGAGCAAAUCACCAUUGACAUGAAACAAGUGAAAUCAAAAACAAAACUGUUAAAUAUGGCUUAUUAUACAACAGAAUUGUUUUCUGCAUCAUUUGUCACGUUUCCUUUUUAUUUCUCAUUCAAAACUGUUUUCCUCAAAAUUCUUAAAGAUAUUUUUAAAGAGGAAAAAAGUGAUAUGACUGAGUGGUCACUUCACUUUUGUAAUAUUAACAAUGAAUGGGUAACAAACAUUGUUAAAGAGAUUUCUCACAACAAAUCAUUCAAAAACGUAAGAGAAAUUUGUAAAAUUGAUGAAAUAAUUGAAUCAAAAAGUGACAAAAAUGUAAUUUAUACGUUAGAAUCUGAUUCAAGAACCAAAAAUUGUUAUUUCAUUAAAAAUGACAUAAGUGAAGUGACAAAUCAGAAUUUUGACACAAAUUUGAACGAUUAUUUGUCAAAAGUUAUCAAUGAAGCGAAAACUGAAUCAAAUAAUCAUAUUAGAAGUUUAACAGAUAUUGACAGAUUUUCUGAAUUGUCACUUUUACUCCAAAACAUUCCAAAAAUUGAAGAAAAUGAAAAUCUUGAAAAAAUUUCAACAAAAUUGAAUACUAUUUUCGGUUAUUUUACAAAUACAAAUUCUGUAUUUGAGAAUGAAAUAUUAUGUUUAAUUUUAUCUAAUUUAUUUGAGAAAAAGAACAAAUAUGAAGAAGUUUAUGACAAAACAGCAAAAUUUAUUAAAUCUGUUUUAGUUCCUCCUUCUUUUAUUGAAAUAGCUAUUAGAUGCAAUUUAAUAACAAUAGAAAAAGUUGAUUUUACAUUCACAGAAAUUUUGAAUUCGACGGUUUUGACACCACAAUUUUCUCAGAUGAUUUCUAAUUUUAUUGAAUAUUUCUGCAUCAACAAAAACUAUUUUAAUAUUUCUUGCUUUUUACAAACAGUUAUUUUGAUAAUUUUUUAUCCACAAAGUGAAGAAUUUUCUUUGUCAGAAAAAAUUUAUCAAAAAUUCUUUGAUUUACAAAAUUUGUCACUUUUACAGAAUUCAAAUCAAAAUGUAAUAAAUCUAGAAAACAAUUUAGAUGUUAAUAAUCUUUUAGAUGUACAGAAUUCUUUGUCAAGGUUUGAACAUUCAUUAACAACUCAAAAUGAAACACAAAUUGUCAGAUCAUUGAAAACAUGUUUGAAAUCACCGAGAGAUUUCUUUAUUUAUUUGAUUUCAAGAGGUAAUAUCACUCUAUUAAAGAAAACAAUGAUAUCUAUACAGAGUUUUCUUGAUUUUAAUAAUUAUAUUGACCCAUUAAUGAACUCUCUUUUUGUUUUAUGUUCAAAUUCAAAUGACAAAAACAUCAAAAAAUCUUUUGUCUAUUUGAUAAAACUCUGUUCAAAUGAACCAUCAAACUUAGCAUGUUUAGUUAAUUUAUUACAUGAUUUAAGACCUCUUUCCAAUCCAAAAUUUACUUUUAUUUGGUUUGAUUUGGUUUCAGAUCCAAAUUUAGUUAUUUCUCUUGCAACAGCAACUUAUUCAUGGCCUUUGCUGCAAUUGUUAAUUUGUGAUAUGCUUUCUUGUGUUAUUUAUUUGUCGGAAUUCAACAAACCUCCAACAUUUCAGAUUUUAUAUCGAAGUUUGUUGAGAUUUGUAUUGAUUUUGCUCCACGAUUUCCCUGAUUUCAUGUCAAGUUCUGCUUCUAUUUUCUGCAAUUUGUUGCCAUUUAAUUUCUCGCAAUUGAGGAAUUUAAUUCUUUGUGCUGCUUCAAAUGGUGUUUUAAUGAUUUCUCCAUCGAAAAUCGAUAUGAAAAUCGACAAAAUCCCUGAUGUCCAUCAGAUAUCGUAUCCAUUAAGUCCUGCAUUGCAGUAUUUGACGAAAGACAUUGCGAAUAUUCUAGAGAAAAUGAUUGAUAAACAAAAUAAAAAUGAAAGCGAACAAGAUUCGGAACAAAUCGAUGUAAAAGACUUAGAAACAAUCAAAGUUUAUGUAACAAACAACAAGAAAAUGAUUGCAAAAGUCAUUGAUAGUUGUUUCGAAUUGACUUUCUCGCCAAGACAAGGAUCAGCUCCAAGAUGUCAUUUCAAGAAUUUACCAAUAUUUAAUUUGAUUUUUUAUCUUUUAGUUUCAUGUGACAUUGAAACAUCAAAUUACAUAAUAGAAGUGUUGUGUGAUUUGUUAAGAUAUCCAAGCAGAAAUUCUCAUUUCUUUGCAAAGUUAAUUGUUGAAAUUUUCUCAAUGAAUGCAGUGACAAUUGAAGGAUAUAAUCUGAAGGAAUUGAUUGCAUCAGUUGUGAUAAGGAGAUCUCCUUACUCUCCUCUUCCUUGGGGAUUACAAGUUGUCUUACUCGAAUUGUUAACAAACAGAGAUCUUGGUUUAUGGGAACUUCCUUCAGUUCAUUCUUCUGAUAAAAUCAGAGUAUUUUUGAGAUCUAUUUUAGUUUCUAUAUUAUAA